CUAAGGCGUUGCUAAGGGACUUUCGGCCUUACUGUGCCGUGUAUACCUUACCGUGUAAUAGCUGUGAUGGGAUGAAGUAAGACCACAUAUUACUUGUAUUAAUCCAGUUCAAAGCGUAUGUCAAGAAAAGAGUGUUGAGAUAAAAGCAGUGGGAUGAGUGAUUCUGAUCCAGACUUUUGGGAUUUGGGACAAGAUGAGCCCCGAACCAACCAGAGAAGAAGGGCUAGAGGAAAGAAGAGCAAAGGCUUUCCUGAUUUCCCUAUAAAUGUAUCUGAUAAUGCAGAUAAAGGUUUUAGCUCCAGUCCACAAAGUAGCAAUGAAAAGAAUGGUAAAACCAUCCCAAGUUAUGUCAAAAGUAUUGGAAACCAAAAAGAAAGUGAUGCUAAGCUUAUAGAAAAUGCUGAUCACAGCAGUAGUGAGGAUGAUGAGAAAGAGAGUCAAGAAGGAGAAGAAGAAGAAGGAACUGAGGAGGAGGAAUCAGUCGAUGAUGACUCCGAAAGUAACACAGAUGAAGAGGAGGAAGUGGAGGAGGAGGAAGACAUUGCAAGCAACCGCAAUGAAAUAAAAGACGAAGGGGGAACUAGAAGCAGCAGUGAGUCUAGUAAUCGCACAAGCAUUUUAACUGGAUCAGAUCUCCCCCAAGACUCGCCAAAAGAUGCCAUCUUGACAGAUGAGUCUGCCAAGAGUUCCAAAAGUUCUGUGAGUGAAUCUCGUUGGGUUGUAGAAGAGUACCUGUUACCUCCGCAGCAAAAGCUAAAGCUGGCUUUGUAUCGUGGUAGAAAACUGUUAGCAGCGAAGGAGGCUGACAGUGCCAUCCGAGAGUUUGUCCGAGCUCAAGCCCUUGCCAGGAUUGUCCAUGGAGAUCAGCAUUGGCGAUACUGUCGUUGCAAAGUCUUUCUUGCUCAAGCAUAUCUAUAUCUUAAGCAAUAUGCACCUCAAGGAGAAGCACAGUCAAGAGAAGCUCUGGACACUAUCAACCUACAUUUUGCCACACCACUGGCUCCUUCGAAGAAACCACAGGUUCACCACACCUUAUUAUGGGGUUACCUUGUGUGUGGUGAAGCCCGAGCAAUACUGGGACAACUUGUUGGAGCCCAGGAAUCUUUAAGCCUUGCAUUGCAUCACACUCAGAUAUACACUAAAAUGAUAUCAAAAAGAAAGAAGAGGCUGACACCAUCACUAACAAUGGAUCGUGCUCUGGAUUUACAAGUGAAAGUUCUUUGUGCUCAAGCAACUCUUUACAAGAAGAGGAGGAAAUUCGCCAAAGCUAAAGAGAGACUGGAGUUAACAAUCAGCACAAUAGAAAAAGAAGGGACAGGUCCUGAAGAUCCAGGCUUGGUAGGACCUUUACAGCAACUUGGCCAACUUCUUUUGGAAGGGGGAGGACAGACAAGUGAAGAUGAUAGUGAAAAAGGCCUUCAGUGUUUAGCUAGAGCUGUUAACAUUACUCAAGUCAGUAAUCGCCCAGGCAGCACUGCAGAAUGUGAAGCUAGAGGACUUUUGGUUGAACAUCGUUUACGCCUACGUAGGAUAGAGACACAAGAAGCUCUAAGAGAGCUGCAUAAACUUGGUAUUCUUUAUGCUAGAAUUCAUGGUGAACAGAGUCCAAAGACUGUAGCAAUCUAUAACCUCACUAUUCAGGUUCUCCUUCAAGAAGAAGAUUACGAACAAGCUAUUCAGCAUCUGAGAACUCGGCUCAAGUUGUGUCGCGAGGCUCAUGGUGACUAUAGUCCACAAGUCAGUUCCACAUUUUUUAAUACCAGUUCAUUAGCUAAGUUUCUUGCCUUCCUGUCUAUAAGAUUUAAAUCCUAUUUAUGUGUUAUCAAGCCUUUUCUAAAGGUUUGUGGUGUUCUAAAACAACUUUCCCGUGUCCACUCUCUGAAUAAUGAUUUGAAUGCUGCAGCCUCUGCUCUUGACCAGUGCCUUCACACAGAAAUACAAAUUUAUGGCUCUUCAUCUCGAAGAGCUCAAGCAUCUCGUCUAAGGCUUCGGGAAAUAAUACAGCAUUUACCUCUAGCCCAAAGGAUGAAGAUGUGGAGAAAACAUCCCGAAUUACAAAACAAGCCACGUUUUAGAAAUCUGUAAAAGGUCUAAGAAGAAUAGCACUCAAGUUUUACAUUUCUUCUUUAAAAUAAUACAUUCUUCACUAUUUCUUCACUUUACAAUAUUUUAUGUUCUUCUUUGCGUUGCCAUAAAAUAAUAAAUAACUCAGCAGGUUUGCUGUAUAUUGUAAUGAAAAAUGUUUCUAGUUACUACUCUAUAGUUUGCUUUAUAUUGUAAAAAAUUUAAUCUAGUCAUUUUAAAAAUAGUUAUGCUCUGUUGAAAUUAUUGUUUAAUCUAUUCAUAUGAAAAAAUAGUUAAUGUUAAGAGUUCCACAUUUUAUGAAUAAGUAUAUCUUCUGUACCUUUUCCUGGAUCUUUCUUCCUGGGUAAAACUAUCCCAGUAACUAUGUUACCAUGCUUUGUGAUUACUGUAUGUACAAUUUCAAAUAUACUGACGAAUAUAAAGGCUGCAAUAAAGUCAAUUCCUAGAUAAAAUUUUGUGCAACCUCAGUUGCACAAAGAAAAGAUUUUAAUGCAAAUGAUAAGUGCUGGGGAUGUAGUUUUUGCCUAAAUUAUUACCUUAUAAAGGUUAUA